ACAAACACAUGGAGCGACAUAACAACAAUAUCAUUUUUUUUAAGUCCACACACAACGCCACAAGACAUAACCAGAACCAUUCAUUUGAAGUCAAGUGAUGUAUUAAGUUCGCGUGCCGUCACUCAUUAUAGCGACAUUCUUCUUUUUGUUUCAUUCAUUCAACGAUUUGCUCAGGUGUUUUAUUUUCGAUUCAUUUGGAUUUUGGGCGAAAAAUUAAAGCAUUUCCUGUUAGAUACCACACACUAUUACUCCUGUUACAUUUAUAAUCCUAAAAUCUAUUUGAGUUGACGUCAACAUCCUCAUCAUCGCCAACCAUUCGCCUGAACCAAUGAAUCGUUGAGUACGGUUUAACUGACAAAUGAAUUUGAAUUAUUGUAAAUUUUGUUCAGGUUAUUGUUUAUAUCGUAUUCGUACCCAGACACCUGUAUAUAUAAAUUAUAUUUUGUAUAAAUUCAUGUAUCAGACGUGAUCGAGCUUCCACAGUGACUUGUCGUUCUUCUGAUAAUACACAUCAAACGAAAACGAAGAAAGAAGGACAGAAAUAAAAGAAAGAGAAUUUAUUAAGCGGUGUCUACUUUAUAUUCUCUUCAAAUGCUCUAUUACUGGUGUAAAAUCAAUAAUUAAGUUAAUCAAAUGACAAAGAAUUUUGUGUACGUACGACAGAUUUUGCAUGACAGUGAAGUGUGGAAUUUUUUUUUUGUGCAUAAAAAAUACCGGCUGGAAUUUUAAAACAUUCCAAACACUAUAAACAAUAUACAUAUAUGUCAACUGAUAAAAAAAAACUGGGAAACAACAAAACUACAAUGACAACGAAUUCAAUAAACACCGGUCACAAUAUGCAAACUACAAUAACAACAACAGCGACAACAAAAGAUUUACUUAAAACAAAUGAUGACGACACAUCUCAUAAUGGUUGGAAAAAUCCAAUCGAAUUUUUAUUCGCCUGUAUGAGUUAUGCAAUCGGUUUGGGCAACGUUUGGCGCUUUCCCUAUCUUGUUUAUCAGAACGGUGGAGGAGCAUUUUUAUUGCCAUAUAUUUUGAUGGUAUUUGUAAUUGGAAUGCCGAUAUUUUUCUCGGAAUUAUUCGUGGGUCAGUACAGUGGAUUAGGACCAAAUCAAGCAUAUGAAUAUUUAGCACCGUUAUUCCAUGGUUUGGGAUACUGUACAUUAAUUGUCAUUACAUUUGUCACCGUUUAUUAUAUGGUUAUUAUAUCAUGGAUUGUAUUCUACUUUGUUGCCUCAUUUUCACCGAAUCUUGGCUGGGGAUAUUGUGAUCAUGAAUUUAAUACCGACGGGUGCUACAGCAGUUUGGAGGAUCAUAAAUGUAAUAAAAAUGGCACCGAAUUUGACCAAAUAUUCUAUCGAAAAAAAUGUACCGAUAUAGCAAAAAUUUGUGGUGAGGCACAGGAAACAUUGACAGGAAUCAACGCAUCGUAUUGCUUUAAUACAAAGAAUCUUGAAUAUGUGCCAAUACGAAAGGUGAUAAAGCGAGUACUUGCAUCUGAAGAGUACUAUUACGAAAAUGUAUUGGGCAUCGGUGAUGCAAAAUGGGAUUCUUUUGGUUAUCCACGAUGGCAGCUAGUAUUAUGUUUGGCAUUUGGUUGGAUCGUUGCAUUUUUAUGUCUAUCGAAAGGCAUUAAAAGUGCGGGUAAAACAGUGUUUUUCAUGGUAUUAUUUCCAUAUGUCAUUUUAACCGCAUUAAUGAUUCGUAGUAUCACACUAGAAGGCUCAUGGGAUGGUAUAUUGUAUUACAUUCAACCUGACUGGGGAAAAAUUUUGGAUGGUAGUGUAUGGGGUGAUGCUGCAUCUCAAGUAUUCUAUUCAUUUGGUCUCGGUUGUAAUUCAUUGAUCACCUUCGCUUCAUAUAGUAAUUUUAAGAAUAACCUUCAUACAGACACCAUUGUUGUAUCGUUUAUGAAUGUAUUUACGGCUGUAUUCUGUGGAUUUGCCGUUUUUGCUAUGCUUGGUUUUAUGGCCAACAAUCUUGAUGUUAGCGUUGCUGAUGUUGUACAAAAUGGACCAGGUUUAGCAUUUAUUGCAUAUCCGGAAGCAGUGCUUUUGAUGCCAUUGCAACAUUUAUGGGCCAUUUUAUUCUUUUUCAUGAUGUUCGUGCUUGGAAUGGGUUCACAAUUUGGCGGCAUUGAAGCAUUAUGCUUGGCAAUCGUCGAAAAAUGGCCACAUCUGGCUGAUCAUUAUUGGAGAGUUACAGCUGGUGUUUGUAUUGCAUGCUUUUUAGCUGGCAUUCCAAUGACUUGUAAUGGUGGUAUCUAUCUAUUCAAAUUAUUAGAAUGGCAUACAGCUUCAUGGGCAAUUCUAUUGCUUGGCAUUGCAGAGAUUGUUGUUCUCUCUUGGGUGUAUGGAAUUGAUCGUACAUUUGAUAACUUAUCUCAUAUGAAUAUUAGAUUAAGCGGCUGGGUUAGAGCUUACUGGUGGUCAAUGCUGAUGUUUGUAACACCGAUUGCUUCAUUCAUAGUGUUCAUUUUCACCGUGUUAACUAUGGGCCAAACCGAAUUUAAUGGAUACAUGUUCCCCCAAUGGGCUGAUGCAUUAGGCUGGAUGGUUGGAUUAAGUACAUUACUUCCAUUUUUCUCCUUUAUUGGAUAUUAUUUACUCAAAGGAAGGAGUCUAAGUUCAUUGGUCCAAACAUCACCACUUUGGAAACCACAAGCAAAUGCCGGUCCAAUUGAAGAUCCACCAGCACAAACCGUGUCAAAAUCCAACAACUGGAAAUGCUUUUCACCAGUUGCGAUAGUUAAGCGUCGUUUAGGCUGUCAAUCGAAAGUUUAAUAAAAUAAAAAGUAAUUUUAUUUCUGUAA